AUCUCAUUUCAUUUUUUAACUGUACAUUUUAUGAUAGCAAUACUUGAUCAAAUACAUUAUGGGCUAUAUAUAAAUUUGACACGCUACCUAAUUAGAAACAUUCACUUAAAAAAAAAAACUCUUCUUUCUGAUCUUCGUCAUUGUGAUAGUAUGGAGAUUUUGUACAUCCAUUACAACUUAGUUUCAAUUUUGAUUUUCUUGUUACCUCUAUUUGUUGUUGUUAGAAAAUGGAAAAAAAUGAACCAAAGAUCAUUGCCACCAGGUCCAUGGAAAUUGCCUAUUAUUGGAAGUAUGCAUCACCUUAUUGGAGCACUUCCACAUCAUACUACAAAUUUAGCCAAAAAAUAUGGGCCAUUGAUGCACUUGAAGCUAGGGGAAGUUGAUGCAGUUAUAGUAUCAUCUCCUCGUUUGGCAAAAGAGUUUUUAAAAGUUCAUGACCUUUCUUUUGCAGCGAGGUUUAAGAUUGCGGCCUCUGAUGUAGUCUUUUAUCAUCAAAAAGACAUUGUAUUUGCAGAACAUGGCGAUUACUGGAAAUGUAUGCGCAAAAUAUGCAUCUCAGAGCUACUCAGUGUGAAGAUGGUCAAGUCGUUUAGUUUGAUUCGACAAGAUGAGGUUCAUAAUCUUGUUGCAUCAAUUCGUUCAACGCCUAAUAAUGUGGUUAACAUGACUGAAAAGGCUCUUAAACUUACCAGCUCCGUGAUUUGUAGAUCAGCUUUAGGAGAAGUAUUUGACGAUCGAGAUAAUUUGUUGAUGCUAAUGAGGGAAGUACUAGUCUUAUUAGCGGGAUUCGAUAUGGUAGAUCUCUUUCCUUCUUGGAAACUACUUCACGAAAUCCGUGGAAAGAGAAAAAGAUUGAUGAAUAUGCAUCAUAAGCUUGAUGUAAUAUUGGAGAAUAUUAUUAAUGAUCAUAAAGAGAAUAAAGCAUACGGGAAAAAAGGCAACAGUGAGUUUGGGGGUGAAGAUUUGGUUGACGUUUUACUUAGAGUUAUGGAGAAUAAUGAACUUCCAUUUCCUAUGACAAAUGACAACAUCAAAGCAUUCAUUCUUGACAUGUUCUUCGGUGGAACUGAAACUUCAGCAACAACAAUACAAUGGGCAUUAGCUGAACUGAUGAAGAACCCAAAUAUCAUGGCCAAAGCACAGGCAGAAGUGAGAUGGUUCUAUAAAGAGAAGACAGAUGUCGAUGACAAUGAUAUCGAAAAGUUGAAAUAUCUCAAGUGUGUGGUCAAAGAAAGGCUAAGGUUUCACCCUCCAGGUCCCCUUUUACCUCCAAGAGAAUGCCUGAAGGAAACAACAAUUGACGUAUACACUAUCCCUCUUAAAACCAAAGUGAUUGUUAACGGUUGGGCCAUGGGAAGAGAUCCUGAAAAUUGGGAUGACCCUGAAAGUUUCGUGCCAGAGAGAUUUGAAAACAAUUCCGUGGAUUUUAAGGGAAGUCACUAUCAAUUUAUUCCAUUCGGUGCAGGAAGCAGGAUUUGUCCUGGAAUUCAGUAUAGCUCAGCCGAUGUGAUGUAUCCGUUAGCACAGUUGCUUUAUCACUUCGACUGGAAACUUCCUCAUGGAAUGAAACCUGAGGAUUUAGAUAUGACUGAAACAUUUGGAGUAACUGCAAGGAGGAAAAAUGAUCUUCACUUGAUCGCCAUUCCGCGUGAUUUGUCACAACCUUGACACAAAAUAUCAUUAUCAUAUUUUUAUGAUGCUUAUUUUCGCAUUCAGAUUCUGUUGCAUCAUUCCAUCUUUGUGAGUGUGUCCCCUGUGAAAGUAAUAAAUCACAUUUCAUCUUU